UCACGUCCGCAACUCAGCAUCCACCGUCCAUUUUCUAACUUACUACAAAAUGCUUCUUUUUUUUUCAGCCGGAACGCAUAAUGUCCCCGUACACGGCGAUAAUCCGUCGGAAGGCGAACCCGUUCGAGCUCGCCCACGUCACGGUCUCGUGGUUGAUCGGCGCCGGAUACGACGCGUACGUGGUCGUGGGCUGCGCUGUCCGGGACGUAUGCAUGGCCAUACGGUACCGGACCGUGUGUCCGGAGCUGCCUGACGAGAAUCCGAAAGAAGAAGCACCUCCACCGUCCGACGAGGUUCCUCGCUACCGGCUGGUGCCACUGCCAGACCUGACGUCUAAGUACGUCAUCGCCAUGCAGGAGAAGGAGAGAGCGUUACGCCAAGCGGAACUUGACAAGAUCGAGAACAAACGGCUCGCCAAGAUUGCUGAGCUUGAGAAGCCCCCACCAGACGAUAUCACAGACUGGCGCACACAUGCGUGGGUUUUGAUCCUGCCGGGGUUUAAGGACAUCGAGGAACCCUUCUUCAUAGAACCUAGCGAUGGCUUUGCGUACCCACUCGACGCGCCACAAUAUCGGGGAUUGGAUAGUGUUUACAAUCAUGAAAAUUACUAUGUAAACCUGCAAGAUUGCAAAGAGGGUCUUGGAUCAUUGAACUACGAUCUCUGUGAGCUGUCCUGCUGGGAACACCUGUUGGCUGGAGAGCCGAACUACCGAAGAGUCAUAACUGGGAUCGACCAGGACGAUCCGCGGACGGCCGUGGAUACGGAGAAGCAUCUCGACAUGCCGCCUAGCUGGGUUGAGAAACUGGACGUCACGCCUGAUGAAUUCGAACGGCGGUUCCCUGGCAGCCACAAGGUUGUUCAUUACAAAAAGGUGCUGUUGGAGAAGUUUGCACCCUACUUCGAGCGCGAUGGACUAGUGAAGAGAAUCAUGAUGUUUGAUGACUACGCCUUGACGAAGCCUUUGAUCACCUACGAGUGGUUUGAACAGCGAGCCGACUUGAUGGAGUACGUUAAGAUAGACUACGUCCAAAAAAUCACAUACGAAAAGUUUGCCAUCGGAAGAAGAGAUCAUUUGAUCCAUCACGAGUACUCAUUUGACGCCCCUCCGACGUCAAUAGAAGCCCACCGUACCCUGGAGUUCAACUACUAUGCGCGCUUGGACCAUCUCACCAAAAUCGUGUGCACACCUCUAACAUUUUUCGAGUACUACACUAAAAGAGAAGAUAAACUAGAAUCCCGUCAAACAAUAUACACGGAAGGCACCAAAGCUGAGCCCAAGCGUCAACUAAAGACGAUCAUUGACGAUUACGCUCGCGACUUCAGCGUCCCAGCUGAAAAAGACAUCUGGAGAAGAAUCUUCCAGGUUCCGGAUAAUACCAUCGAACUCCUGUACCAUUACGCGUAUAACUUCGUCACGAAUAAUAUUAGAAAAUACCUGAAGUCGAACCUGGCUGAGACGGGUGGCAAGAUCUUGUUCUAUCCGGAGAAGACGUCAGGAUAUAUAGCAGAUCCUAUCGCCAAACCGCCCCGCGCCCUCAACAUCUACAUGACACUCUGCGACAACAUGGAUUAUGAGAACAAAGCGCGCAAGGGCAUUCGAGACCGCGAAGCGGACAUCAUCACAUACCUGCAGCAGCGGCAUAAGGAGCUCACGGAACCCGAGUUAAUCGUGGCGCUCUUUGACACCGAGAGGAACGAUGUGGCUAGGAAGGGAUGGAUGGAACAAGAAGCCAGAAAAGCUGAAGUAUCAGAACGUGAAAAGGAGGCGGAGAUCGACCCUCUAGCUCCAUACUUAGCCCGCAUGUUCGGCUCUGGUCAUGGCAGCGGAUCGCCACUGACGAUCAAGGAAGCCACCAUCAUCAGGGAACAGUGCAUUAAUGACUUCAAGGCGAAGCUGCUACAGCGCCAACUAUUGGUCCAUGAGCGGUUUGAGACGAUGAACACGGAAUACAAGAACAACAGGUUGUGGUACUUGGCGAACCAGUACAUUCUUACUCCCGAAAAGGAAGCCAAGUAUUUCGCGUCUAGCGCCGAGCUAGCGUUCCAACUGCACACCCUUGAGGUGCGCCUCACCCGACACCAAGACCUCUCCGCGCCGCGAUACAAAGUUCUUAUGGACUACCUGGACAAGCAUCCCCUGCUCAAGGAGUUUAACCGCAUCAGACACCAUCACGGAAUCAAGUAA